AUGCUCAUGGACAUCGAUCGGUAGGUUCCCUCCGGGGCACACAUCGGACGUGGCAGUGGAUCGCUGUCUGUCUGUUUGUGCGUGGAUGUGUGUAGUGGCGUGAGGGGCGGCUAUCUGGACGGCGUGCUGACGCGGUCGCCCCACACACCGCUGGAGGGAUGUGCGGCCGUCACGACGACGGAAGCGGGCGAUGGAGGUGCAGGUCAGACUCAUCUGCUGACGGCCUUCGACGACCCCUUCAUAGCGUGGGUCCAAUUCUGGGUCAGACCUGACGACCGUCAGAAUGGUGAGUGAGAGCUGCGAGUGCGGACAGACAGACAGACAGACAGGCAGACAGGCUCAUUGUCUGUCCCUUCUCUCAUGUGGCAGUGAUUGUCUUGCUAGGGACGACUGAGCAGCCGGUGGGCAGUCCGGGCGAUCCGUUCCCCGCCAGGCAUCAGCGCACGGCCGCCCUGGCUCGUCGGUCGUUGGGCCCUGUCGCACCGGUAUUGCUCGACGGACAGGCGCCGUAGAGGACAGACACAAUGAUAACACAACACGGUGAGGGCAGCCAGGACGAUGCAAAAGAGGCCGCUGCACGCCCCUCAUAUGUCUGUCUCUCUCUCGUCUGUGUUGCAGUUGGUGGUGGUGGUGAUAUGGUCGCAUCAUUAGCUGAGUGUGUGCAGAGGGAUGGCUUCAUCCGUCCAUUGGGAUUAUCCGUGCUUGCCUGUGAGUAGACUGGUCGGCAGCUGAAGGGGGCGAUCACUCUGUGUGUUCAUGCAAUGAUACGGCGUGAAUAU